AUGAGGGCCAUUAUUUUACUAUUCGUGUUGACCAUUUCGUUGUACUGUGCGGAUGGUGACCACUUAGUGGUGGGCAAUGUGGCGGACAGAGUGGUGCUUGCUGACCACGCGACGGCGGAGUACAACGCGUUUCCCUUUAUGAAGAGGGUGAAAUAUUACUUCUUUUCUUCACCGGAUAAUAAAAAAAUACAGGGCAUCCAAGUGUUGGACAACCUGCACAGUAAGGCUUCAGUCAAUAUAACUGCGGGUGGCGUAGGUCACUCGUUUGUCAACCUGAGGAUGAAAAGCGAAAGGGGGAAGGGGCUCAGUUACGAUAUCGGGAUUUACGUUAGUCCUGACUUUCAGUGA